ACAGUCCAAGGCCAUUUUUCAAAGCAACUUGCGUCUCUCCUUCGUCCUCAUCUGCCAAACUUCGAACGAGUCGCUACUUCUCCAACGCUCCCUAAUAUAAAACGAUUCUCUCCGCCUGCGUUUGUGUUUUUGACAUCAAAGAGGUAGAGACGAAGAAGAUUCAUGGCGAUGGCGAUGACAAUCCGGAACGCUGCUUCGCGGCGAGCAAUGAAUCCGAUCUCCGCCGAUUUCAGCUUGAGAUCUAUGUCUUCAUGGUGGAAGAACGUCGAGCCUGCUCCUAAAGAUCCGAUCCUCGGAGUUACCGAGGCUUUUCUCGCUGAUCCUAGUCCCGAUAAAGUUAAUGUUGGUGUGGGAGCAUAUCGUGAUGAUAAUGGCAAGCCUGUUGUCUUGGAAUGUGUCAGAGAAGCUGAGCGAAGGAUUGCUGGGAGCUCCUUCAUGGAGUACCUUCCUAUGGGAGGGAGUGUCAAAAUGGUGGAGGAAACCUUGAAGCUUGCCUAUGGAGACGACUCUGAAUUUAUCAAAGACAAAAGAAUAGCUGCAGUUCAAGCUCUGUCUGGAACUGGAGCAUGCCGACUGUUUGCAGACUUCCAGAAACGAUUUUGUCCCGGUUCACAGAUCUACAUUCCUGUACCAACCUGGUCCAACCACCACAACAUUUGGAGAGAUGCAGAUGUCCCUCAGAAGACAUAUCAUUACUAUCAUCCCGAAACCAAAGGCUUGAAUUUCUCAGGAUUGAUGGACGAUGUGAAGAAUGCUCCGGAAGGCUCGUUCUUCCUCCUUCAUGCUUGUGCUCAUAAUCCUACUGGAGUAGACCCUACAGAUGAACAAUGGAGAGAGAUAUCACAGCUAUUCAAGGCCAAAAAACAUUUUGCAUUCUUUGAUAUGGCCUAUCAAGGUUUUGCUAGUGGGGAUCCAGCGAGAGAUGCCAAGUCCAUUAGGAUCUUUCUCGAGGAUGGUCAUCAUAUUGGAAUUUCUCAGUCCUAUGCAAAAAACAUGGGACUCUACGGCCAGAGGGUCGGAUGUCUCAGCGUGCUUUGUGAAGAUGAAAAACAAGCCGUUACUGUGAAAAGUCAGUUGCAGCAACUAGCUAGACCAAUGUACAGCAACCCACCUUUACAUGGAGCUCAAAUAGUCUCAACCAUUCUUGGAGACCCAGAGUUAAAGAGUCUGUGGCUAAAGGAAGUUAAGAUCAUGGCUGAUCGGAUUAUUGGCAUGAGAACUACUUUGAGAGAAAGCCUUGAGAAGUUAGGAUCGCCUCUAUCAUGGGAGCACGUAACCAAGCAGAUUGGAAUGUUCUGCUACAGUGGGCUAACACCAAAACAGGUUGACCGCUUAACAAGCGAAUAUCAUAUCUACAUGACCCGAAAUGGCCGUAUCAGUAUGGCUGGUGUUACGACAGGGAAUGUGGGAUACCUUGCGAAUGCUAUACAUGAAGUCACCAAGUCAUCUUAAACUAUUUAUAUGCAAAUAAGACAGGAGGGCUAAUUUGUUCUUCUGUAAUUGUUUUCAUGGGAACUGAAAGUUUAUCCAUAAACAGUAACUUAUCAGUGCAUUUUUUCUUAUCUGCGCAAUAAAAAAAAGCAGCAUUUGGACACAAAUUCGUUAUUGCAAUCUGUUCUGGUUGAUAUUCAGGCUGGAACGAUCGAUUCUUGGAUAUUUAUUCACGAAAAAUAUAGAUUGUUUUCGUCUC